CCCCAGUCAUGGCCGACGUGGAGGACGGAGACGAGCCGGGCGCCUCCGCUUCUCACGCGGUUCCCUCCGGCUCCAAGACGGGCGGCAUCGACAAGAUGUUCUCGCUCAAGAAGUGGAACGCGGUGGCCAUGUGGAGCUGGGACGUGGAGUGCGACACUUGCGCCAUCUGCCGGGUGCAGGUCAUGGAUGCCUGUCUUAGAUGUCAAGCUGAAAACAAACAAGAAGAUUGUGUUGUGGUCUGGGGAGAGUGUAAUCAUUCCUUCCACAAUUGCUGUAUGUCACUGUGGGUGAAACAGAACAACCGCUGCCCUCUCUGCCAACAGGACUGGGUGGUUCAGAGAAUAGGCAAAUAAAAGCACUGGCCGUUCUUCUAUGCGUUUGGAAUGUUAUACAACUGAUGACAUGUUUUCCCUAUGAAAGAAGAGGGCAGUCACAAUGUGGUAAAAUCCAUUUUAUUUAUUAAAGCCUACAGAGUUUUAUGGACCUGGAAUUGAAAUCUUGGCGUUAUAUUCUUGGCCUGUUGGAUCAGUUUUCACAUUUGUUGCAUUAGGAGAAUGAAUCAAAACAUUUAGUGUGAACAUCGUACAUUUGCUUAGGAAUUCUUUGGUGCUUAUGAAGCCCACAAUAACCUAAUGUUCAAAGCAAUGAAAUCUCACUAUUUUUCUCAAAACUGAAGUAUUUAACUCAAAUAAAUUGUUGUCAGUGCA